GCCGUCACCGCCCAACGAAAUAAUAGCCGAAAACCUUCUCCCACGGGCCGCACUUUCGUAGUUGUGUUGACGUUUUAUGGUCCUCCUUCGCAACAGCAACAGCAGCAUAGGUCUCUCAUUUAUAUAAUAUCCAUCCAGUCGUGUCCACAAACACUUUAUAAAUUAUAAUCAAUAUACAUCAAUAUGUCUGAAAUCACACUCCCAACCGUUUGGAUACUUGGUGGACCUGGUAGCGGCAAAGGUACCCUCUGCGACAAAAUUGUUGCAAAAUAUGGGUUUACUCACAUUUCGACUGGUGAUUUGCUGAGGGAUGAAGUGAACACAGGAUCAGAACGUGGGCAAGAACUGGUGAAAAUUAUGAAAGAAGGAGCAUUAGUUCCGACGUCUGUUGUGAUGGAGUUACUCAAUGAAAAGAUCAAAAGCAAAGUAGCGACGUCCAAAGGUUUUCUGAUCGAUGGUUAUCCACGUGAAAAAAAACAAGGAGAAGAAUUCGAAACUGCGAUAAAACCGGUAGAUAUGGUAUUGUACUUGGAAUCCAAAGACGAGACAAUGGUGCAGAGAUUGCUCAAACGAGCUGAGACCAGUGGUAGGUCAGACGACAAUUUGGAAACAAUUCAAAAGCGAUUGAAAACGUUCCACGAUAAUAAUGAUCCGAUUAUAGAAGCAUACAAGUCUAAAGUAGUGAUCAUAUCGGCUGAACAAAGUGCCGAGGAAGUUUUUGCCGAGGCAGAGAAAAAACUUGAUACGUUGGUUGCAUCAUCUUAAAAAUGAAAGUCUUACAUCAGUUUUAAUGAAAAUAAAAAUUGGCAAAGCUAUGAUAAAAGCUCAAAGUAUCAUUUGAAAAAAAUGUUAAUUAAAAAGUUAAUUUUUUCAUAAACUAUAAAUAUAGAUUUAGGUUUGGAUUAAUAAAACAUGAUAAAAUGUCAGUUGUAACUUGGGUUCACCUAAAUAAUUAUUGUAUUGUUUUGUUGCGAAUUAUAUUUUAGAAUGAUACAAAAAGUACAAAAAGUAGGAAAUAUAAUAUUUAUGUGCUAUUGGUUUCAUUGCUAUAUUUAAAAGGCCAUUUUUUUUUUUUACAAUACUUUGAUUAUUUAUUUUUUAGUGUUACUUUGUUUAUUAAAGAACAAAUUCGAACCGUUCAUUUAUUAAGAAGGUGCAUACAUAGUAUAAAAACAAAAAUGAUUAU